AUGUCAACCUUUACUGAAAAAGAGAUAGAACAUUUCGAGAAUACCUUUUCCUUACUAUGGAAUUUAUAUGGAAGAGAUUUUGAUGUUGCACAAGUUCAAGAAGAACUAUGGAAAAAUGUAGAAAUAGGGUGUCUCAUCGAACCACCCAAUGUCAUUAUUUUGAAACCUGGUGAGGAUCAUAAUAAUACUAUGAAUAUACAUGCGGCAGCAAGAAUAUAUUAUGAUGACAUUGGUUUAGAUAGUACUGGCCAUUUAGAUCUUUCAAAUUUGGAAAAAGCUUUUGAACAUUCCAAUAAAUCAAUAUUGACUCCUGAGGUUCCUGAACUUUUCAAAGGUGCCAUAGAAUGUUCAAAUCAAGGGUUUCAAAAAUUAUACAAUAGUUAUGAUAUUGGUAUAAACAGAUCAAAUGAUAUUUUCAAACAAGACAUUGAGAGGUCUGUUGUCCGGGAUACAACUG